CUCUCACUCUCUCUGAGCAGGAAUGUGGAAACAGGAGUCCAGUCAGUGAGCGCUGCACGUUUCUCCACAGCACAGAAGUGAAUAAUUGAUCUGUGCCUCGGCCAGAUAUAUUGAUGGGGAAGAAGUGAAUCGUGAACGGAUUCUGCGGUCACUUUUUUGGAUUUACGUUCUUUGCUCGAACGAAUUUCUUUUCUUUUUUUUUCCCUCGACUGAAGAAAAGUUUGCUUUGAGACCCAACACAGCUGGAGUCGGCAGAUGGAAAUAAGCUCUCAGUGUCCACCGAGCGCACCUUAUUCCGGAGCUCUCCCAACAUGGACCCGGAGUCACUGAGAAGGUGAAGGCUGCUAGUGUUAAAUGCUCACUGCCAGGCUUCCCACAACACACUGACUGCUCAUAUAACUGCUGUUAGUUCAGUGACUGUGUGAACCGUUCGCAGACUGUUUACCAUGGCUUCUAGUCUGACAUGCACGGGUGUUAUCUGGGCCCUGCUGUCCCUGCUGUGUGCCGCUGCCUCCUGCGUUGGCUUCUUCAUGCCCUACUGGCUGCUGGGGACACAGAUGGACAAGCCAGUGUCCUUUGGCACGUUCAGACGCUGCUCCUACCCGGUGAGGGACGAGGAGAAGCAAGCCACGGUGAUGCUGGAGCAGUGUGGGCGCUACGCUUCCUUCAACGGCAUCCCGAGUCUGGAGUGGAGGAUCUGCACGGUGGUGACGGGCGUGGGAUGCGGCCUCCUCCUGCUGGUGGCCCUCACAGCUCUCAUGGGCUGCUGCAUCUCUGACCUCAUCUCGCGUACAAUCGGCCGGGUGGCCGGCGGCAUCCAGUUUGUUGGAGGUCUGCUCAUAGGAUCUGGCUGUGCACUCUACCCAUUGGGAUGGGACAGUGAGGAGGUACAACAGACCUGCAACAACAGCUCAGACCAGUUUCAACUAGGUUCCUGCCAGAUCGGCUGGGCGUAUUACUGCACAGGGGCAGGGGCGGCGGCUGCCAUGCUGCUGUGCACCUGGCUGUCAUGUUUCGCAGGGAAGAAGCAGAAGCAGUACCCGUACUGAAGGGAGCAUCAGAGAGACGGGAACAGGCCUGAGACCUCAGGCGGUGCGACAAAAGGGAGAGGACUCUGACUCUGUGGACUCACACUAGUACAGCACAUCAGGCACCAAAGACAAGUCCUUACGGUGCUCUGGACGGCAUGGUACACAACUCAUCUGACAACUGCAGGGACUGUUUCAUAAUGCAACACACACGCACACACACACACACACACAUGGCUUUGAUGGCUUCUCUUAUAAGCUGUUCUUAAAUGAAAAAUGUAUGGACCAAUCCUAUUUGUGAAAUUGUUUCAUUUCUUUAACGAGAUGAGUAUUCUCUUUCUUUCUUUCUUUCUUUCAUUUCCCGGUCAUUGAUGUUUAUGUGAUGGUGUGCCCUGUGAUGAUGAGAAAAAGUAAUGUUGCUUCAUUGUGACGUGAAGUGUUUCCGUCUCCUCUUCAUGUCUCAUCUUUGCCUUAAACACAAACUGAAAUGCAAUAAUCCCUAUAACGUAAAGCAAUCCAACAGUGGCUGCCUGCUUCCUCAACUUCGACCUUUUCGGAAACCCCAUAAAACAAUGUACGCAUAGUUUAUUUAACACAUACAUAAAGAUAUACGUUGUGUAUGAUAAUGUAUUUUGUCAUAUUAGCACAUGUUUUGUAUUCACUCUUCAAGUUAUUCUUUGUCAUUAUUUUCGUUUUGUAAAUAAAUGUUUAUUGAAAUUCUGGA